UCAAAUGGAGUACAUAUGCAUUCAAUGUCUUAUAGCCAUCAGGCUAUAAAUAAAUUCGCAUUAAAACUAACAAUUCUGGUUCUUCUUCGACCCGAGUUUAUAAAAGAACAACGCCAACGAAUAAAGUUGGCACUAAGUUUUCUGUUCGCGUACGAGAUAGUCACUGUAUUCUACUGUUUUCAUUGCACAAAGAUGUUCAUUUCGUGGUUUUCGAUACUCAGCGCAAUAUCAGUUGCAUCAGCAUUACCAGUGACUGGCAAUUUACCAGUGUCUGUUUAUCCUGUUAGGCCAUAUGUGUUUUUAUCACCCGAAUUACCAAAAUUCACAUUGCAGCCAGCGGUUAAAGUGCAAGCACCUGCAAAUAUUCAACCGGUUCAACUCACCAAAUCUGAUUUAUUGGCUGGCAACAAACAAUAUGUACUAGUUUAUCCAUCAUAUCAAUACAUCGCAACACGUCAAGAUGGUUCAAGCAAUUCGGGAUUUUUUGAAACGGUGCAAAACUUCUUCGUCAAUUUUGGUAACAGCCAAAGUGAUGAUAGCAAUCAAAUAAUGGAUUCAGUGGAACCAGAUAAACCACAAUCGCAACCAGAAGCACAGCCACAACAACAACAACUCGAAUCACAAUCAUCUACAAAAUCAGUAUUCGGUUCAAAUAAUGUUGGACUAGAAAAUUUAAAUCCAACGCCAAAUGAAAGUAAACAAAAAUUCGUCUAUUCGUAUAUAACACCAGCGUCAACAGUGCCAUUGAAUUCCGACCGACGAUUGUUCUUUUUGGCUGAACAACCGCAACCCAUACUCGGUUCAUUCAGUGGCUCAGCAAUAAAUCCCGUUUUCAAUUUACAAUCAGUGCCCGUUGUUUUAUCACGAUCAAAUGUCGCUCAACCGGACGAACAACAACCAAACAAAGUGAUCACGGAGAAUGUGCAAAAAUUCUCACAAAUUCCACCGGUUAUGGCUUCGGUUGAGCCAACAUCACAAGUUCAAGGCAAAAGUAAUGACAACGUAGAAUCUGAAUCAAUUGUUGUAGAUGCUUUGUCCGAAAAUCGGAUUGCUCCACAGCCACCCGUUCAACCUGUUGAAGAUAAUCGAGCUUUGCCAAUCGUAACCGAUCUUCCGGCUGUCGUUGUGGCCAAAAGCAGUGCCGUUCCAUUGAGCAUUUCAAAUGAACCGGUUGCACCAGUUGUAGCACCAGUUGUUGGAGUUGUUGGCAAUAUUGAGGCAAAUGACAACCAAUCCGUUCAACCAUCGCUUAAAGUGGAUGUACAACCAGCUGUUCUUCCAGCCGUUUUACCCUCUGCCGUUGUUGAACAAAACGUUCAAGGUAGCCAAACAGUCGAAUCGGUCACUGGUAGCGUUUGAAUACAACAUACACUUUUUCCACGAAUUUAAUUGCAACUAACACAUUUACUCCAUUGAUCAAAAAAAUAAUCAUUUCAUUAACUUAGAUACUUAAAAAAAACGGUGGCGGUUUCAUUUCAAACAACAUUAUCACUGAUUUUUGUUUCACAACAACAUCAAUCAUCAUCAUCUAAACAUAUUUCGUAAGAUUGCACCACAUUCAAGGAAUUUGGACAUUCACAAACUUUACUAACCAUUUUUGAAUCAUAACAUUAAAGUUUUAACAAAGCAAAACACAAUUCAUAUAAAUUUCAAAAGAAAAAAACAAACAUAUCAUUUAACCACACUUCAUUCAUCACCAAUCCAUUUAUUUUUAACUUUUGAUUUAAUGAAAACAUCAUUUUUAUUUUAAUCAUGGCGAAUCAAUAGAUCAUAUCAUAACACGCAUCAAAAUUCAUUCAUUUCAUAUUGCAACAAAAAUGCAUGAAAAACAAAUAAAAAAAGUGUGGAAAGAGAAA